AUGCGCCCUACACUUCCUCUACGGCGCGGCCUACUCAAACGCUCCUCAUACUAUGACUCCGACUACCGGACCGGCGCAGCCCUGUACCGUGCGCGCCGACCGUAUCUGUUCAAGAACAUUAUUACCGGUGUCAGCAUCUUCACUUUCGCCGUUGGAGUUUUCGCAUUCACAUUAAAAGCCGUCGGGCAAGAGACCUUCGACGAUGUCAUCGUACCGGAUGCUCCUGCCCAGUCGCCCAAGGCCCCGACCGCACACGCGAAUGGGAUGCGUUCUUGA